AUUCAGCCCAAUUUGAUCUCAAGUGGGCCGGAUCACUUAAUAACAACAGCAUAACAACCUAUAAAGAUCCACAAGUCCAAAUAUUUUCUUUAUUGUAGUGCAAAAAAAAUGUUUUGAAAAUGUUCACAUUAAAGGAAUUAUCUUUUUACAAAAACAUUCCGAGCAACUGGAAGUUUCCUAAGUGUCUACACAGAGUGUCUGUAAAGGAACAAAGCAUGUGGUCACAGGUAUGUGGAACUGAAUGAUAUAUUAAAAUGCUAUAUCAUUUAGUUCCAGAUAAUAGACAAAACUAAUAGACAAGUAGAUAGACAAAAGUCAGAAAAAACCAAAAUGAGACACAAAACAACAAAAAAGACAAAUGACACGAAUCAAAACAAGGGACAAAAUAUUAAACAAAAAAGUUAGAAAGCGACAAAAAAUAGACACAAAACGACCACAAAUAGCCAAAAAAACACAAGCGAGACAAAAAGAAAACGCAAAACGACAAAAACAGAAUAGACAGAAUAUUACAAAAAUGAGAGAAAAUGACCAAGGAACAAUGAGCAGUCUAGUAUUUUAGUUUAUGGUUAAAACAACUUUUCAUGAUCUAGAAAUUAUCUUAGAUUUAUAGUUUUACAAAUUUACAAUAUGCAGUUAAUAUCUUCUCUGUAAUUUUUACCCUUUACAAAGUCGUCCCACAGGCGGGAUUGGACCCUCUGGUGGGCGGAUUUUGGCCCGCGGUCCUUAUUUUUGACACCCCUGCUUUAAAGUCAAAAGUCAGUGUGGCAUCACAGAGCACAUUUUUGACCCUAGCUCCUAAAUCUAUAAGCUAAUUAUGAAAAGAUUCACACAAAUGUCCAUCGUUCCAUUUAUUUCUGCUCCUCUGGGGCUGAGUCCUAGUGGCAGCUGGUGUUCCCCUCCCCAGCAACGCUUUCCAGUUCCUCCUUGGGGAUCCCAAGGCAUUCCCAGGCCAGAUGAGAUACAUAAUCCCUCCUGUGGGUUCUGCAUCUAACCCACCCAAACUGCCUCUGCUGGUUCCUUUCAUGUGAAGGAGCAGGAACUCUACUCCGAGAUCCUUCUGGGCUCUUCACUUAAUCACUAAGACUGAGCCUAGCAACUCUUGGAAGGAAACCCAUUAUGACCAGUUAUAUAUGUAAUCUCACUCAUUCGCUCACUCCCCAGAGCUCAUGACCAUAUUUGAGGGUUGGAACAUACAGUGCAGUUCAAAAGUUUGGAGUCACUUAGAAAUGUCCUUAUUUUUUGAAAGAAAAUAUGUAAUUUUCAAAGAAGACAACAAUAAAUGAAUCAGAAAUCCAGUCUAGACAUUGUUAAUGUGGUAAAUGAUUAUUCUAGCUGGAAAUGGCUGAUUUUUAAUAGAAUAUCUCCAUAGGGGUACAGAGGAACAUUUCCAGCAACCAUCACUCCUGUGUUCUAAUGCUACAUUGUGUUAGCUAAUGGUGUUGAAAGGCUCACUGAUGAUUAGAAAACCCUUGUUCAGUUAUGUUAGCACAUGACUUUUCAUGGAAAACAUGAAAUUGUCUGGGUGACCCCAAACUUUUGAACGGUAGUGUAAGUCGACUGCAAAUCAAAAGCCUUGGCUUCCAGCACAAUUCUUUUAUCACAACAAUGAGGGAACAAUGCAUGCAUUACAGCUAAAGCUGUCCUUAUCCAUCUGUCCAUCUCAUGCUUUGUUGUCCUAUAACUGAUGAACAAGAUUCUGAGAUACUUAAACUUCUUUGCAGGGUGUAGCAACUCAUCCAGAGGAAACCAUGAGCGUCAAACGUCCAAUAGGAUGAAAUGAUGGCGUUUUUUUUUUUUAUCAGUUAUGUCAUAAAAAGCACUGUUGCCUUGCAGUUAGAAGAUCCCCGGUUCACGCCCCGGCUUUCCUGGGAUCUUUCAGCAUGGAGUUUGCAUGUUCUCCCUGUGCAUGUGUUGGUUUCUCCAGGUACUCCGGCUUCCUCCCACAGUCUCAAAAUAUGCUGAGAUUGACUGGAAACUCUAAUUGUCCAUAGGCAUGAUUGUUUGUCGCUUAUGUUGCCCUGCGACAGACUGGUGACCUGUCCAGGGUGUCUCCUGUCUUCAUCCCAAGUCAGCUGGGAUAAACUCCAGCCCCCCACAACCCUAGUGAGGAUUGAGCAGUGUAUAGAGAAUGGAUGGAUGGAUGUCAUCAUAUCAUAUCUGAUCCCUUAAUAUGCUGCAAAAAAGCUUUUCUGGCCAUUAUUCAACACCAUGACGCAGGAACAAAAGAAGGAUAGAGGCAACUUUAAGGAAAGAUGUCAUUCUAGUUCUGGAUGUUUUGCCGAUAAAACACAACGUACGAGGGUACUUCGAAAAGUUUUCAGCCUCGCCCAGAAACAAGGGGUUAACUCCCUUUUUGAGGCAUAACUGUAUAUUAUAAAGCCUUAUAUCACUGUCCACAAAAAAAUCAAUGAAACAAUGGAACAGAAAGCUUCAGGCUGGCGUCCACAUAGCACAGGUGGCAUUGUUAUAAGCAGCCAAAUGUGGCUCACUUGCAUAGCAGCCUUUUUCGGAGUGAUAACGCAGUCGUCCAUGGUGAUGAGGAGAAUCUGGAGGCUCGAGAUGUGACAUUCUUCUUACUUCACAGAGGUCCAGCAAACAUUCUGCCUUGGUGGACCAAGUACAUUGAGGUUAAAGGAGAAAGUAACACAAGAACUGAUGCAACAUCUACACCCAGGACUGAACAUUAGCAUUUUGGUUUCUUUCGAGGUAACAGAUCCUCUCUAAUGCACUAUCAUGUCUUUAUGGCCCUGUUACAUCUGUGAUUACAGGUCAAAUCAGCAGAAUGGAUACAUAAAGGGAAAUUAUGUAAUGUAUUUAUUAAAUGAACCAGGAAAUCUGAGGGGGAAAUUCAGAUACUUGAUUUUCCUGCAUUUUCCUGCCUUUUUUUUGUAAGUAUGUAGUUUGCAGUGUAUUUUCAAAUUACAACUCUGUGCAUGCACAGCCACAAAGGUUUCUGUUUAAUUGUUGAUAGUAGUUAAUGUUAGUUAUGCAAUUAGACCAGAGUACAACUAGAAAAGCACUCAGAGAGCAUAGUACUCCAGCAAGGUUGCUUGCUGACCUAUAAAUAUGUAGCGGGUGACGGGAAUUGAUGGGAUUUGGAAACGCCCCCACAAUUUAAUCCAUUGUUCCUUGUAUCAUUUCUGGCAGACAAGUUCCCAUAAGUCCUUGGAUUUGUACCAGGAUCACAAUCAUGUGACAUCAGCAGGUAGUUGAGUGUCCACCUAUUGCCAUAGUUACAGCACCGCCGUCGCAGUGAUACGGAAAUCUUUAACAAAUCUGUGGAUUCAAACUAUGAGCUGCAUCACUGCCAAAAUCUAAUCACUUGGUUCUUGUGUCAUUUCUGACCUUCCCUGAAAAUUUCAUUGAAAUCUGUUAGUCUGUUGUUGAGUAACGUUGCGAACACACAGACAGCCAGAUAGACAAACGGAGAAAACCAAACACCGAUCGUCAUAUAAAGUAAAAACAGGCAAAGACCUAAUACACGCCAAAUCAUUAGAAAGUUGCAGUCUGAAUAUUUACAUGAAUAUCAAUUUCCACAUGAUGUACACUAAGGCUAUGCUACCGUUUAAAAGUUUGAGGUCACCCAGACAAUUUCAUGUCUUCAAUGAAAACUCACGUUUAUUCAUGUGCUAGCAUAAUUGCACAAGGGUUUUCUAAUCAUCAGUUAGUCUUUCAACACCAUUAGCUAACACAAUGUAGCAUUAGAACACAGGAGUGAUGGUUGCUGGAAAUGUUCCUCUGUACCCCUAUGGAGAUAUUCCAUUAAAAAUCAGCCAUUUCCAGCUAGAAUAGUCAUUUACCACAUUAACAAUGUCUAGAAUGUAUUUCUGAUUUAUUUAAUGUCAUCUUCAUUGAAAAGAAAACUGCUUUUCAUUCAAAAAUAAGGAGAUUUCUAAGUGACCCAAAACCUUUGAACAACAGUGGCUUUGUCUUUUUACAUCAGUGAGAUUUGAGUGUCAAAAUUCCUCCCUCUAAUGCAAAAAAUGGAAAAACUGCAACUUUGUUUUUAUGUUAGAGACAAGAUAUGUCAACCACAACGAAUAAUGGGAUGCAACAAUUAGCUCUAAUCCUUAGCAUUAUGUCUGUCAAGGCAAAGAUCUUUACUGUUGAGCCAAAAAAACAAUCUUAAGGAUUUUUAUGAGUUUUUUUUUAAGUUUACAAGGAUUUUAUAUCUCUGGUUUAUUCUAACAUUAACAAUCCUCCUAACAGUUUCUAGCAACACCACUGUGAAAAUCAUACGUGCGUCACACCCAGUGAUUUCAAGACUGACUGCUGCCAUAAAACCUCCUGUCCCUGCGCCCUGGUCGUGACUAUGCAGGCAGCUUCAGGAAGGUGACAAGGUUCGUGUCAGGGAGCUCUGCAUAUAAAAAAAUAAUAAAAUGGCAAUAAAAAGUCCAAAGGUCGCGGAGGAGUGGACAGGGACAAAAAGAUUGCACAGGCAGCAGAAGCCAUCCAGUCUGCUCCACCACCACCACGACUGCAGCAGCGCUCCAUCAGCCAGAAGCCAUGAGUGUGGACGCUGGCAUAGAGAUGAAGAGCAUCCUAAAGACUGACAAAAGGGUUGGCAAGCUGCGGAAGGACAGCAGCGUCACCCUGAGCAGCUCCAUUGGGGCUGUUCGCUGGAAGAUACCUGAAGAGGCCGUCCAGGUUCACAGCUCGGCCCCCAGCAGAUCCACCAAAACUAGCGUCCUCACCGGACAACGCUUACAGGAGCACCCUCGACAGAACGGUCUGAAGGAUCUCCGCAGCCUGCAAGAGUGUGUGCAGUUCAUCCACGACUGGAAGGCGCAGGUGGACCAAAUCUGCAAGGGCAGAGAAGAUCCAGAGGAAGGUACCAGUAAGAGAGAUGCCAGAUUCUCCGACCGGAAAACCGAACGGAGUCUUGAGGAGAGCAGAAAACUGAUCCUGGAGUGGGCCAAUGAACUCCACCAUGUGGACAGGCUGCUGAAGGAGAACCCCUGGGCAUCGCAGAGUCGAGUAGAGGGAAAAGAAGAAGAGAAGGACGCUAAUGAGAAAACACAGAUGAGGAUCAUGGAGUGGGCAAAGGAGGUUCAGGAGGCGACUGAGAGUUGCGGUGUACAAAGUGAAGAGCUUGGCAAAGUGCUGCGUCUACUGGGAAUAAAGAAGAAACGUCUGGGGAAGCUGCUGCCGCUGAUGGAGUUCAUCACCUGGUCUCUGCUCAAGGAAGACAAUACGAGAAUGAUUUCACAGUUAUGGCUACUGGCAAAGCAAAGGACCUGGAAAGCUGGAAUUCCGAGAUACAUCCCCAAUUCAGUUUGGAGCUGGAUUUGCACUGCGGCAGCUGAUGUGGUCCUUGACCCCAUGACCAACCACCCAUGGCUGCAGCUGUCAGACGACCAGCGCAAGGUCCAGGAGGCCCACGUGGAGACCGACCCGCCUUACAGCUCCCAGCGCUUCAACAGCUGGCAGUGCGUGCUCGGCUGGGAGGGCUACGACUGCGGACGCCACUACUGGGAGGUAGACAUAGCCAACAACGGCUACUGGCGCGUGGGGUUGACCACCGCCACCUCACAGCGGCAAGGGCAGUUCGAGAUGACACCAAAGCAGGGCUACUGGGCUCUGUGGCGCAGCACACACCAUUUCUUUGCCUGCAGCAAGCCAGAGAUACAGCUACCUGUCGGCCUCGUGCCCCGGCGAAUGGGCAUCUACUUAGACUAUGAAGAAGGUCAGAUCUCCUUCUACAACGCAGAAACCAAGUCUCACAUCUACACCUUCACUGGAACCUUUAGAGGGAAGCUCUACCCUCUGUUUGCCCCACUGGAUGGUCGCACACUCAUGACAAUCAUGGAGCCACACAAAAUCUCAGCUCACUGAGCAGUUAACGCUCUUGUUAGAUGUUUAGAAGGAUUCAAAAUACAGCUGAAAUUGUCUUGUUCUGAAGGGGAAGGUUUUCUUCAAGUUUGAUCUGAAAUUUGUGCUCUGACUUUUGAAAAGACAGAUUUAGGAUUUCAUUUCCCGGAAUGUUACGAAUAUAUUGUUCCCAAUUUCUCUCCGAAAAAACAAAAAACGUAAUUUAUUAUACCUCAAGCUUCGGUUAAAAAGUGGCGAUAAAUAUAAAUCAGUGGCAAAGAAAGUGUUAAUGGACAAAACCAAUCAGAAUCAGCAUUGUAAAUAUAGCUAAAAAAAAAUACGUUAGAAACUAAGAUUUCAAACAAAAAAGAACUGACUGUACAGCCUAAAAACUGAAAACAUUUAUUUAAGUUGAUUAGAAGUAUAAAGACAUAGUGGACUCCUUCCCCCUGGAUUUGCUGAAAAAUGCCCCUUUGAUUUCAUCCACAUGUACACCCCCUGUCAAAAGUUUUAGGACACUUUCUCAUUCAAAUAAAGUGAACCUGUCCUACAACUUUUGACAGGGGGUGUAUCUACCAAAUUUGGUACACAUAUGCAGCACAUCAGGCUGAACAAAAAAGUCAGUGUCAGCCACAUUCCAAACCCAACAGGAAGUGAGCUAUUUUGCGUUGAAUGUCAGAUUUUGCCCAUUUUUCAUUUUUUUCUACAGCGAACUCCUCCUCGGGGGAAACUCCAAUUCACCUCAAAUUCGGCCGGUAUAUACAGGAGGCCUUAAUGAUCUAAAGUUAUUAAAAUUUUUUUCCAAAGUCAAAGGGCGUGUCCGUGGCGGCCUCUGGAAUUUUGAUCCGUCGCCAUGACAUUUCAAAUGCUGUGUAAAUGCCCUGAACAUGCUCCAAUCUGCCUGAAACUUUACAUGAAUGAUCAGAGUCCUGCCCUGAUCACAUGCAUAUGAUGAAAUACACUCCCUGUCAAAAGUUGUCGGACAGGUUCUACUUUAUUUGAAUGAGAAGAGUCCUAAAUCUUUUGACAGGGGGUGUAUGUUCAGACAUGGAACACACUCUGCAUCUUCAUAAACGCAUGCACUUUACAAUGCACUUUCAGAUCUGCACAGAAUAAACUUUUCAUGCAUAACUUGA